AAUCUUAGGCAAUCCUGUGGAUUGUCUUCGCCGUGGUCUCCCUCCUAGAAAAUUGACCACCAGAGGACAAACACUCAAACAUCCUGUGCUCCAGUCACAGCCAUCUCUAUCCUUCCCUGAGGAGCUACCAAAAACCUCAGGAAGACUUGCUAUCGCUAGGAGAAACUGAGGCAGAAGGGGCAAGGCUGCUGUUUUCCUUGAGUCGGAUUUGUGGACGCCCAGCCUCUUAACCCCCUACUCCCCGAUACUGCGUCCCUAUGGUGGCUCCUGGCUAGAAGCAUGGAUUUCAGAACCCCUGACCUACUGGAUGUGUGGCUGGAGCCCCCAGAAGAUGUCUUCUCAACAGGAUCCUUCCCCGAGCUGGGACUCCACUGUCCACCUCCAGAGGUCCCAGUGACUAGGCUACAAGAACAGGAGCUCCAAGGCUGGGAGUCCAGUGGGGGCCGUGGCUGUGGUCUUCAAGAGAGUGAGCCUGAAGAUUUCCUGAAGGUUUUCAUUGAUCCCAAUGAAGUGUACUGCUCAGAAGCAUCUCCUGGCAGUGACAGUGGACUCUCCGAGGAUCCUGGUCAUCCAGACAGUCCCCUUGCUCCCAAACCCCCCGGUUCCCCUGCCUUCUGUGAGGUCGUCUAUGAGGCGGGGGCCCUGGAGAAGAUGCAGGGGGAAGCUGGGACAGCUGUAGAACUUAUCUCCAUCCAGCUAGAUCAGUGGAACCCACCGUUUAUGGUGCCUGAUGCCUGCAUGGUCAGUGAGCUGCCUCCUGAUGCUCAUGCCCACAUCCUGCCCGGAGCCGGUGCUGCAAACCCAGUGCCUCCUGUGGCCCUGCUGCCCUACCAAGCCUUGUUCCUGACAGAUGAGGAGAAGCGUCUGCUGGGACAGGAAGGGGUCUCCCUGCCCUCUCACCUGCCCCUCACCAAGGCAGAAGAGAGGGUCCUCAAGAAAGUCAGGAGGAAAAUCCGCAACAAGCAGUCAGCGCAGGACAGCCGGCGGCGAAAGAAAGAGUACAUUGAUGGACUAGAGAGCAGGGUGGCUGCCUGUUCUGCACAGAACCAGGAACUACAGAAGAAAGUCCAGGAGCUGGAGAGGCACAACCUCUCCCUGGUGACUCAGCUCCGCCAGCUGCAGAUGCUUAUUGUUCAAACGUCCAACAAAGCUGCCCAGACGAGCACUUGUGUUCUGAUCCUUCUUUUCUCUUUGGCUCUCAUCAUCCUGCCCAGCUUCAGCCCCUUUCAGGACCUGCCUGAAGCUGGGCCUGAGGACUACCAGCCUCGAGGAGUGAUUUCUAGAAAUAUCCUGACUCACAAGGACACGACAGGAAAUCUGGAGAACCCAGUGGUAGAGUCCAGAUUGGAGGGGCCACUGGGGGUCAAGGGUAGAAACGGCUCCACAAGGACACUGCUUGAGAAGAUGGGGGGGAGGGCAGGCCCCAGCAGGCACAUCAGAACUGUGCUGCAUGCUGAUGAGAUGUGAGCUGUCACACUUCCUGGCCCACUUCCCAAUCAUAACAAGGAAUCCAGGGCUCCGAUAUGCUUCUGCUUCCCCCUAGGAUUCCUGCUCAGGGUUCUUUGGCCUCAGGGGACUGAGUCACAUUAGGAUGUCCUAGAUGUCUGCACCCUGUGGCUCAGUCUGCCUAUGGAGGGGGGGCACCUCAAAUACUUUUGUUGCGUGUCUGUGAUUUUAUUUCUUCUUUGGGGAUGGGGUGAAGGGAAAUAUUUGUUUUGGCUGAGAAAUAAACUUUUUUGCUGCAGUUGUA